AUGAUGGCGGGAUCGUCAGCCUCAUUUGAUGCUACGGUAUCUACGCAAGAAGUGCGAUCAUGGGAACGACUAUACGUUGUUGGGUCGAUUCCGGAACUUGGAACAUGGAAUCCGCACAAAGCACGAGAGCUUCAAAAAACAACUGAUGGGGCCUGGCAAGUCAAGGUCAACAUCUCAAAUCAAUAUAAAUCUAUUGAAUAUCGUUAUUUCAUAGGCGCCAGCCUGGAUGCUGCAAGCGAAGGCAGCCAGCCGAUAAAUGUUGUCAUCAAAUGGGAAUCACAGCUGAGGCCCCGACGAGCCCUCGUUUUCCAGGGAAUCGCAAAGACCAAAGAUACCUUUGGAUCUUACGACGGUCGAACAACUGUUGGGGACGGAUGGCUCUGUCACGAAGACGAGCGAGCUUUUUACGUCAGGAUCCACGGCAAUGCGCUGGAAAUUUUCCCCGGGAAGGAUCAGCAGAAGACGUAUAGGGUUAAGAUGGUGCCCUUUGAUGUCAGAUUCGAAGAGAUGAUAUCUUACGAACCACGAUACGCCUCAAAGGGGCUUAUCUGGCGUAUGCAUUCGCUAUACGUUGGAGGAACCUCCAUCGAUGAAAACGAAGCCCAUGAAGCCCAGCCCCGCCCCCAGUACCCCAGCUUUUCUGAGACGGAGCUAUCUGUAUUGACGCGUACUGACCCGGUUUUCGGCGCCCAAUACCAAAACGGAUCCGUUUUCCGAAAUAAUAUCGAUUACCUUGUGUUCCGAACGAGGACUGUUGCCUUGGAACAAUUGGCGUUUUGCAUAGAACUUUAUGAAGAGAAGGGCACAUCUCGAGUUGGAGUUGCUUGGGCUCUCCCAGCUGGCUUAUCCGAUACCUAUGGAAAAGCGAAAUAUGCAAUUAUUAACAGGCAUCAACAACCAAUGGGGCAAAUUAAUGUUGAUUACAUGAUAAUAUCACCAUGGAAAGGAGACGCCAUUGCCAGGGAUUUGAUGCACAUUACCUAUGGUCGACAUUGGAAGAAGAGGAGCAUGUUGGAAGUUGGGCACCGUGGAAUGGGAGUUAGUUAUACAAAGCUUGCGGCUGCGCGUGAAAAUACGAUUCAUUCCUUAAAUGUUGCUGCGGGCAAAGGAGCCGACUUUGUCGAGUUAGAUGUACAGCUGACAAAGGAUCACCUUCCAGUCGUCUACCACGAUUUCCACGUCCUAGUCGAAGUAGCAAGGCGUAAAAAUGAUGAAGCCAGCUUUGAAGACGAGUGUAACCACCAUGAAUUAGGGAUUAAGGAUCUACGACAUCGACAACUAAAGCUCUUAGCUUUGGAACACACAUCACAUAUCUCAGCCCCAGCCGAAUCACUCCGCAUUGUUCCGCGCGAGGGAGAGGAAAAUCAGAUUGACCACGAGCCUUUCCCUUUGUUGUCGGAGAUUCUUCGAAGGGUCGAUCCGCAUGUGGGUAUUAAUGUGGAGAUUAAAUACCCUAUGUUGCAAAAGAAUGGUCUUCACGAGUGUGCGAAUUAUUUUGAGCGGAAUUUAUUCAUCGAUCGAAUUCUGGACGAAAUUUAUGCACAUGCUGGGGAAAGGAGGAUUGUUUUUAGCUCGUUCGACCCGGAUAUGUGUACACAAAUCAGCAUGAAGCAACAUAAAUAUCCGGUUCUCUUCCUCGUAAUUGGAGCCACAGAUCGAUACGUUCCAUUUGAGGAUAUGAGAUCUGAUUGCAGCAACCUUGCUGUCCAUUUUGCUGCUAGCUCCAAAUUACUUGGACUCAAUUUCCAUUCAGAGGAGUUAUUAAAGGACCGAAAGCCAUUCGAUCUGGCUGUAAAAUUCAAUCUAACCAAAUUUGUAUGGGGUGACGACAAUAACGAAAAGUCAACCCAAGAUUAUUUCAAGAACACUCUUCAAAUUGAUGGGAUUAUUUACGACAGAAUCGGAGAAUUGGAAGCGAGGAAGAACGUCUUUAUUGUCGAGAAAGAGGCUAAAGCGGCACUGUUUGCAAAGAGUGCACAAGGAACGCCGAUGGGCAGUCGAAGGGUCCCCGAAUAUUCCCUCGACUCACCGAAACGCUACCGAGUGGGUGGGAAGGAAUUUCUAAAUUUGAAUGUCGAUAAUCUUCCUCACCAAUUCAUUAUCGAGGAAUUUGGAAACGAGCUGAUAUCUAACGAAUUUGAAUUGAUUGUUCACGAAGAUCAGAAAACGAGCAAAAAUUCGAGUUGGCCUGAGAGGAGAUGUGUUUAUCGUGGACAUUCCACGAAUUCAAAUGGAACUACUGUUGCUUUUGUUGGACUUGAUGAACUAACGAUAGAACUUGCCGUUUUCGCCGAUGACGCAUUGUGGAGACAUUUCCUGAAGCUCUAUGGCACCCGGGCCGACGCCGAGAUCCACCGGUUUAUCAUGGCGGCCGUAAAUAACAUUGAUGUGCUAUAUUCGCAACGUUCUCUGCAGCCACGGGUCAAUAUUAAGGUCGUGCGAUAUGAGCUGAUGAAAAUUGUGCCGGCAAUGCUAUCGAAACGAAUUCAUCGCGUUGGGGACGUGGAUAAGCUUUUGGAUAGUUUUUGUGCUUAUCAAAAUUUGAUAAAUCCACCUGAUGAUCGAGAUCCAAGACAUUGGGAUCAUGCUCUAUUAUUUUCAGGAUACGAUCUUUACCGUGACGGCUUGCGAACGGUAGCCGGAUAUGCUCCAGUUAAAGGAAUGUGCAACGGUAUCCGAAGCUGUACUCUCAACGAAGGUCUCGAUUUUGGCUCGGUGUUUGUGGUUACCCAUGAAAUGGGGCACAGUCUUGGCAUGUACCACGAUGGGGAUAACGAGUGCGAUAUGAGGUGCUGCAUUAUGAGUCCGUCGAUAGGGUCGGGGAAGACGGACUGGAGUAGUUGCUCUAAUCGUGAAUUUAAUAUGUUUAUUUCGAAACUUGGCACCAGAGGGAGACCGCCAAACUGUCUACUCGAUAGCUCUAGGACAACUCGAUCGGCCCUAUCCAUCCUCUUCAAUGAUGACUACCCGGGACAAAAAUAUACAAUCGACGAGCAAUGCUCAAUAUUCCAUGGAAAAUGUUGGAAGCACGAAUUAAGAGAAGGACAAAUUUUGGAGGACAUCUGCCAAAUGGUUUGGUGUGGGAAUGGGGAAGGGGUGCUGCGGACAGCUCAUCCUGCAUUGGAAGGAACUUUUUGUGGACCUGGGAUGUGGUGUAUCAACGGUGUAUGCAAAGAGCAUCGGCACUUUUUCGCUCCAACUCAUGGUUCUUGGAGUCCGUGGAAUGAUCAGCCGAAGAGAAAUUGCGCUACUGGAUGCAGCGCUUGCGAGGUUGAUGGGCAACUGUCGAUUCGAAGAAGUAUUAGGGCAUGCAAUAAUCCUAGCCCAAAUAACGGCGGUUAUCAAUGUCGAGGUGAUGAUGUAAAGGGAAUUGUUUGUCAGAAGAAGGCUUGCGUUGGGAUUUCUACAACACUAUAUGCAUCGAGGGCGUGUAAAAGCUUGAAAGAAGACCGGAGCAAUCCGAAUCCACAAUUAUCUGGCGUUGGAUUGCAAUACGGUCAAGCAAUGUGCAAGAUAUGGUGCCACCUCACCAAAAGCAACCAAAUCCGCACGGUUGGCAACUUUCCCGACGGAACCCCUUGCGGCCCUGGCCACUUCUGCGUGAAAGGACAGUGUCGGCCGCUGCGAUGCCGUGGGAUGGUUGUGGCGGGGUCUGUACAGGAUUGUUAUGAGGAGCAUGUGCACCUUGCACGGCCAAAUGUGAUGCCGAUGCAUAAUAACCAAAUUAAUGUGACUCCUAGUCCAUUACGGCCAAAACCACCGAUAAGCAACUCAAUUCGCGAUUCUCGUGGAGUGUACAAUGUUGGUUGGGUUGAUAAGGCGUCGAUAACAAGGACUACAAUACCUCCAUAUCGAUGGUCAGAAUGGCAUGAAUGGUCAGCUUGUUAUGGCAUACUUUGUGGACAACGAGGCAUACAGCUGAGAACCAGAUGUUGUGAAGAAAACAAUUGCCCUGGUGCCAGAACCGAAAGACGCGGCUGCACAUUCUAUUGCGGAAAGUCUGCCGCGCUCAGACAAGAGUUACAAAAAAGCCCGCCGAGCCUGAUCUUGACGCAAAAUGUCCAGCCGGCACCUGAACGGCUUCCCGGAGCUGCUCCAAGAGCUCUUCUUCCUCCUAACACACAAAUUAAAAACCAGCCGGCAAAAGGAAUCGCGUAUGGCAACGACAAAGAUUUGCUACAAACAAAGCGCUAUGUAGCUGAAUCGAGCUAUGAAAAAUUGCCGGGUCAGCCACUGGGCGAGCAGGAAAGAGCCUUUUUGGAGAAAACUGGCUAUAAACCGGAAGAAGUUGAUGCAAGUGUGGAUCAGAACACGAUCGUAAAUUCGAGGGUCCCAUCACGAGCCCAACCUCAAAACAAAAUUGGCACAUUUUCGAGGUUCCUGCCAAGGAGUAAUCUUGUGCAAGGAGAUUUGAUACAAAACCAACUCAAUGUUGUACCUCGAGUCAUUGCACAAGCACCUCCAUCGAAUGCUCAAUACGCUAGAGGGUGGUCCCAAUGGACGGAUUGGUCACAAUGCGUCUAUCCAUGCACAUCUGGAGCGCGUUUUAGAAGAAGAAUUUGCUAUUACGGCGUGAACCUAUGCCCAGGGUCAGAAUCCGAGAGCAUCCCAUGUACCCCGGACCUCUGCCAACAACCCGGCUACAAUCCGCCACCAUACCAACAGCAACAACCCGUAUAUUAUUAUCCGCAGCAGUACCAGCAGCCUGCAUAUUAUCAGCCCCAGCAGCAGCAAUUCGUGUAUACCGCGGUUCAACAGCCAUUUUACUAUUAUCAAGGG